CCUUGUGCAAUCCAGGCAAAGCUCGCAAAAGAGCCAGAAGCCAGCUGAGAGCAGAGCAGGGAGAGUAGUACUGCCAGUGCUGCCACAUUGCUGUACCCGUGCUGAUCCCCCUGCCUGGCAGAGAUUCGGUGGUGAAGCCCAACAUGGCAAAGAGAGUGGCCAUCAUCGGCGGAGGCAGCAGCGGGCUGUGUGCCAUCAAAGCCUGCCUGCAGGAGGGGCUGGAGCCCGUCUGCUUCGAGAGGAGCCGGGACAUCGGAGGCCUCUGGAGGUUUGAGGAGCGCCCUGAGGAUGGCCGUGCCAGCAUCUACCGCUCCGUCAUCAUCAACACCUCCAAGGAGAUGAUGUGCUUCAGCGACUUCCCCAUCCCCGAGGACUUCCCCAACUACAUGCACAACUCCAAGAUCAUGGAGUACUUCCGCAUGUACGCUCAGCACUUUGACCUGCUCCGCCACAUCCGCUUCAGGACCAGCGUGUGCCGCGUGUCCAAGCGCCCCGACUUUGCCACCACGGGCCAGUGGGAGGUGGUGACGGAGAGCGAGGGGAAGCAGGAGGCGGCUGUCUUCGACGCCGUGCUGGUGUGCAGCGGGCACCACACCGACGCACAUCUCCCACUGAACACCUUCCCAGGAAUCGAGAAGUUCAAAGGCCGCUACCUCCACAGCCGAGACUACAAGGAUCCUCAGGAUUUCAGGGACAAGAGGGUCGUUGUUAUCGGGAUUGGGAAUUCGGGGUCAGACCUGGCUGUGGAGAUCAGCCAAACAGCCAAGCAGGUGUUCCUCAGCACCCGCCGGGGUGCGUGGAUCCUCAACCGCGUUGGAGAUCAGGGCUACCCCAUCGACACCAUCUUAACCACGCGCAUGAAGGUAUUCCUGCAGGAGCUGCUCAGCCCGUCCCUGGCGUGUGACUACAUGGAGAAGAAGCUAAACGCUAGGUUUGACCACGCGCGUUACGGCCUCAAGCCAAAGCACAGGGUCCUCCACCAGCAUCCAACCGUCAAUGACGACCUGCCCAACCGCAUCAUUUCGGGCAGGGUGAGGGUGAAGCCGAACAUCCAGGAGUUCACAGAGACAUCUGCCAUCUUCGAGGACGGCACCAGGGAAGACAUUGAUGUUGUAGUUUUUGCCACAGGAUACAGCUUCUCCUUCCCAUUCCUUGAGGGCUUCGUGAAGGUGGUGGAGAACCAGAUCCCCCUCUACAAAUUCAUGUUCCCCCCUGACCUGGAGAAGCCAACGCUGGCUUUCAUCGGCUUCAUCCAGCCCCUGGGUGCCAUCAUGCCCAUCUCCGAGCUCCAGUGUCGCUGGGCCACCCGUGUCUUCAAGGGUCUGAACGAGCUGCCCCCGCGGCACGACAUGGAGGCUGACAUCAAACAGAAGAAAGAAGAGAUGGCAAAGCGGUACGUGAAGAGCCAGCGGCACACCAUCCAGGUGGAUUACAUCCCCUACAUGGACGAGCUCGCCUGCCAGCUGGGGGUAAAGCCCAACCUGCUCACCCUGUUCCUCACGGAUCCCAAGCUGGCUCUGGAGGUGGCCUUCGGUCCCUGCACGCCGUACCAGUACCGGCUGCGGGGCCCGGGUGCGUGGGCGGGUGCCAGGGAGGCCAUCCUGACCCAGCAGCAGCGCAUCAUCAAGCCCCUGCAGACGCGGCACGUGGAGGAACAUCUCUCAGCCCCUGCUGUGCCCCUCAUCUUCAAGGUGCUCGGGGCCGCGGCCAUCCUCGUUGCUGUUUUUGCUUACUUUUAAGUUCCCUGCAAGCGUGGGAGGGGAGGGUCUGCAAUGUGCCAAGGGACUGGUCACCCCUGCCCCACAGCAGUCUGCGCACCCCAGUGCUGGCAGAAAACCUUCCCCCUGCCUGGCACAUCCCCAUUGUGACCACACCAUGAGCUCGGGAUGCACAGAACCCCCCCAGCUGCCAAAAUAAAGCUUGGACGCCUG